AAAUAAUGAGUUGUUAGGCUGACUUAAGUCCAACAUCUGAGACUGAAGAAGUGAAGUAAUUAAGCCUAAUUAAUUCAUUGUUUAAUGGAGCUAGCAGUGAUUGUAGGACUUAUUAAUUAAGAGUUUUUGGGAUAAAAUUCUGUGGUGAAAUGGCGGCGAGAAAUUUGGUUGAAGGGGAUUGUGGUGCCAACAACUCUCUGAUGAAGUUGACAUCACAUUACACACAAGACCGUGCAUUCAAACAGGAGGGUUUUCGUCCUCCAGGAUUUAUUCCCCAUCAGGUGUCACGCCCCAUAACAGAUGCAACUCCAGAUGAGUUAGUAAAUGAAUUUCUGUCUGGUCAUCAAACAGCAAUGGCGCCUCAGACAUUCCACAUGGGAAGUCUGUUACAGGAAAUGAGAGAAAUUGAAGAGGCAGAAAUUCGACAUCCCCCGAAUCGAGCUCCUGCUAUUGCUGAUCUGGCAGUUACUGGAGAUUGGACAGCUGAAUUUAUGGCAGAAAAUAAUUUGGAACAAGGUGAUUGGGUGAAGGAAUUUGCUGCGGAGCACCACAGGGCACCACCUGAUGUGAAAUGGGCCAAAGAGUAUUUAGACCAGACUGAAGAACAUAAACCAUGGGUGGAUGAAUACAGCAAAGAAGUUCUUGAUGACUCGAAGUGGAUAGAUGAAUUCCAGGCACAAGAUGCUGACCUAGAGAAAACGGCAAACAGUCUUUUAGGGUCAAUAGAUGACCCAAAGUUCAUCAACUCGGAGUUUAUGAAGUUUGUAAAGAGGAUAGGUGAUGGGGAGAUAACCAUACAGGAUAACAAAGUGCUAGAGAAAUCGCCCCAGCAGCGAUCUGAAGACUGGGCACAUCAGUUUGCUGGGGAGCAGGCUGAUAAGAGUUUGACAGACAAGUGGGCUGAGGAGUUUUCCGAAUUUUCCACGAACCAAGAGGGUGACGAGUUCUGGGCAAGUCUUCAGAAAAACUGGGAAGAUGUUGACAAAGCUAAUGCAGUUGGCGGGGGUCAUCCGUGGCUUACAGAUUUCGACCAAUCAGAACCUUUUAAGGAGUACCGGUUUGAGGAGAACAACCCACUGAUGGAUCACCCGAACCCGUUUGAGGAAGGCAUCAAGAAGCUGGAACAAGGAGACGUGCCCAAUGCCGUGCUGCUGUUUGAAGCCGCCGCUCAGAAGAACGACUCUCACAUGGAGGCAUGGCAGUAUCUCGGCACCACUCAGGCUGAAAAUGAAAACGAACCUGCAGCUAUUGCUGCUCUCAAAAAAUGUCUCGACUUGUCGCCAGGAAACCUGACUGCGUGGCUGUCACUGGCUGUGAGCUACACUAACGAGUCGCUGGGCUCACAUGCGUGCCACGCUCUCAAGUCGUGGCUCAAGCACAACCCCAAGUACUCCCAGCUAGUCAGGGAGGACCUGCAGAAAACUCCCAUCACAUCGUCCUUCAUGAGCCAUGAAGAUUACAGUGAAGUGAGUGACUUGUAUCUUCAGGCUGUUAGAUUAUCUCCCCCUGGACAGAUAGAUGCAGAUGUUCAGAGUUGUCUGGGAAUUCUCUUCAACUUGAGUGGGGAGUACAACAAGGCUGUGGAUUGUUUUACUGCUGCACUGCAAGUCCAACCAAAGGAUGCGUUGCUGUGGAACAGACUUGGUGCCACGUUGGCCAACGGUAACCGGAGUGAGGAGGCGGUGGAUGCGUACCACAAUGCACUGCAGCUGUCACCGGGCUUCAUUCGGUCACGCUACAACCUCGGUAUUGCCUGCAUCAACCUCGGAGCUCACAGAGAAGCGGUGGAGCAUUUCCUGACAGCCCUCAACAUGCAGCAACGAAGUCGCGGUCCAUCAGGGACAGAAUCCGUCAUGUCGGCCAACAUCUGGAGCACGCUCAGAAUGACUCUGUCUCUCAUGGGACGACCAGAACUGUACGACGCGUGCGACAAGAGUGACCUUGACCUGUUGAACAAGGAGUUUGGAAUGCAUUCUUGACACGGCUUAGAAAGUCAGUCUUCAUGUCUUCCAUCGUGUGUCCAUUCAUGCUGCAUCCAUCAUAAGAGUGCAGAGACGCCAACGUUCUCUGUACAUUCCAUCCACCAAAGAGCUUUAGAUCCAAUAUCAGAUGUACAUACAUGUUGCCUUUGUCAAACGAUUCCAGAGAAAUCUAAGUCGUCUGCAAGUUCCACCCAUAAAAUAGCUUUAGAUCCAACAUCAGACAUUCGUACAUGUUGCAUUUGUCAAAAGAGUCCAGAGAAAUCUAAGUUCUUUGCAAGUUCCACCCACAAAAUAGCUCUAGAUCCAACAUCAGACAUUCGUACAUGUUGCGUUUGUCAAAAGACUCCAGAGACUUUGAAGUUCUCUGUAAGUUCCAUCCAUCAAAGAACUUUAGAUCCAACAUCAGACAUUCGUACAUGUUGCGUUUGUCAAAAGACUCCAGAGACUUUGAAGUUCUCUGGAAGUUCCAUCCAUCAAAGAACUUUAGAUCCAACAUCAGACAUUCGUACAUGUUGUGUUUGUCAAAAGAC